UCUUCUGUCAUUUUGAUGAUUUAUUUUAAAUUUCCAUGUGUUCCCGGUUAUCUUUCGUGUUUUACUUUAUAAACCUAGUUAGAAUUUUUUUCUUUGUUUAUAAUUAAUAAUGUUCUACUUAAUAGGAUUGGGUUUAGGUGAUGCGAAAGAUAUUACAGUUAAGGGUUUGGAAAUUGUUAGGAAAUGUGAUAAAGUUCUAUUGGAAGCAUAUACUUCCAUCUUAACUGUUGGAAAAGAAGCAUUGGAAGAGUUCUAUGGAAGGCCUUUGAUAAUUGCAGACCGGGAAUUAUGUGAAAGUAAUAUAGACAAUAUACUAAAGGAGGCUAAAAAUAAGGAUGUAGCACUACUGGUGGUUGGAGACCCGCUUGGUGCUACAACACAUACAGACAUGCUGUUACGUGCAAAACAAUUUGAAGUCAAAACACAGAUAGUUCACAAUGCAUCUAUUAUAAAUGCAGUUAGUUGCUGCGGUUUGCAGCUCUACAAUUUUGGUGAAACCAUUUCAAUUCCCUAUUGGACAGAAACAUGGAAACCAGAUAGUUUUUACGACAAGAUUGUUCAAAAUUUUUCAAGAAAUUUACAUACUCUUUGUUUAUUGGAUAUUAAAGUGAAAGAACCAACUGAAGAGUCUUUAACAAAAAAAGUUCGUCAAUAUAUGGAUCCCAAGUUCAUGUCUGUUAAAGAAGCAGCAUCACAGCUGGUACAAAUAAUCAAAAGGAAGCCUGAUACCGGGAUUACCAUGGAUACCAUAGCCGUAGGACUGUCAAGAGUCGGUGCGCCUGAUCAAACAAUAGCAGUAAAGUCAUUACGUGAAAUGCAACAGUGCGACCUCGGCCCGCCGCUGCACAGCUUGGUGAUUCCCGCCCCCAAUCUACAUCCGCUUGAACUAGAUUACCUAGCUCAUUUCAGAUAAUAUAUUUGCAUUGUUGAUAUUCACUUAAAUAAUGAAGCAUUUCUGUAAAAUCAAUAAAUGUCUAUGAAGUA